AUGACCUCAGGACAGCAACCCAGCAACCCAACCUCCGACAUUCUACAUCACAAAGCAAAUCCCACCUCUGCCCAAAACUCCGCAGGUAUCCAGACACUGCUUGAUGCUGAGAGAGAGGCGCAGAAGAUUGUUCAGAAUGCCCGAGAAUACCGCACGAAGCGCGUAAAGGACGCAAGAGCCGAAGCACAAAAGGAGAUUGACGAAUACAGACAGAAAAAGGAAGAGGAAUUCAAGAAGUUUGAAGCUGAGCACUCAAGCGGUAACAAAGUAGCCGAAGAUGAAGCGAACAAGGAAGCCGAGGCGAAAGUCCAACAGAUCAGAGACAUUGGCAAGCAAAAGGGUAGCCAGGUCGUUGAGGAUCUGAUCCAAGCUGUCAUUGAUGUUCAGCCGCAAACACCGGGGAAAAUCGUGGGGAUUGCGUGA